GACAGCCCUGACAUACUCACUACACCUAACACACUGCUUUCAUAGUCACCUUUGUCCAGCUUGUCCUCAUCUGGCUCUCCACGAACACAAGUCGACACCACACCAUUCCAUUUUGUUUUGAACACAUUCUUUCCAUUUCUGGCCAAAGAGUUUUGUCAUGGGAUCAGCCCAGCAUGUUUUUGUCUGCCCAGUGGUCGCUUGUGGUCACUGGGGAUCCAGUCACUGAUGCGGGUUGUCCACUGAUUGUCUUGCCUGCAGACUACACGACCCACCCAUCUCCGCUUUGCGUCGUACAUCGCCUGCACUACAUCGGUCACCUCUGUAUGCCUUCUGAUCUCAUUCGGUAUGUGAUCACGGAGUGAUAUCUUACACAUUCACCUUUCCAUCAUUCUCUAGGUGACAGUGAAUUUUUCUUCCUCCACUUUCAUUGUUGACCAGCUUUCCGCUCCAUAUAUCAUUGCUGGCAGAAUGGUGAAGUUAAACAGUUCUUUCCUUUUCCUCAUGGGCAGUUCAUCAUCCAUUAGAGACGUCUUUAUUUUGUUGAAACUCGCCCACCCUGCCUUUCGCCUCCUGCUGCAUUCCCCUUCGAAUGAGUUGUCUCUGCUCAGCUGCUGACACAGGAGCACCUAGAAAAACCAAAUGAGAUGAAGACCAAUUGUUCAAGACUCUGUACAUACACUAGUAAGAGAUGUUCCUUGCCAUAAAGAGCUUACAACUAAAUAGACAAAAACAGAAGAUCGGGAGGAGAAAGAAGAGCACAGACCGGUGGAGUGACUUGCUUACAGACAUACCGCAGGGCAUUUUCCUGUGCUGUGCUGUUCUUCAGAGAAGCAUAGACAUGGAUUUCAGGACAGGUGCUAACAAGACAAAUGAACGGGUCCAUCUUGAACCUUCCCAGCUGAGAGAGAAACAUAUCUCUAGCUUUCAGGGAGAAUGUGAAGAGAAGGAAAAGGACACUAACGCUGAGAUCCUUGUGGCUAAUUUUUCAAAUAUCUAUGCAUCGGACUUGUUGCCUACUAGGAAUGGUGAGGAAUUCACAGACCAGUUCCUGCUUGAAGUGGUAGAAAUUCUCCUGAAUUAUAUUAAAAAAACCUAUGAUGGGAAGAGCAAAGUUCUGGACUUUCAUCACCCCCAUCAGCUUCUGGAAGGCUUGGAAGGGUUCAGUUUGGAGCUGCGUGAUCAGCCAGAGCCUUUGGAACAGAUACUUGUUGACUGUAGGGAUACCUUAAAAUAUGGAGUUAAAACAGGACAUCCUCGCUACUUCAACCAACUCUCCAGUGGCCUUGACAUUGUUGGACUAGCUGGUGAAUGGCUGUCAGCUACUGCAAAUACAAACAUGUUUACAUAUGAAAUAGCUCCAGUGUUCGUUGUCAUGGAGGAGAUCCUUCUCAAGAAAAUGCAUGAAAUGGUUGGAUGGGGAGAAAUAGAAGCAGAUGGUAUAUUUUCUCCUGGUGGGACCAUCUCAAACCUCUACAGUGUUCUAGUAGCUCGUUAUAAGCGGUUUCCUGAGAUUAAAACCAAAGGCAUGGCAGCACUUCCACACAUUUCACUGUUUGUUUCUGAACAUAGCCAUUAUUCAAUAAAGAAAGCUGCAGCGGUCCUUGGAAUUGGGACAGAUAAUGUAAUUGCAGUAAAGUGUGAUGAAAGGGGGAAGAUGAUUCCAUCAGAUUUAGAGGCAAAAAUACUCAAAGUCAAGAGACAGGACCAUAUCCCACUGUAUGUCAGUGCCACAGCUGGUACAACAGUGUAUGGAGCCUUUGAUCCUCUUGACAACAUUGCUGACAUCUGCGAGAAGUAUGGACUCUGGAUGCAUGUGGAUGCAGCAUGGGGAGGUGGGCUGCUGAUGUCUAGGAAACAUUCCUUUAAACUUAAUGGUAUUGAAAGGGCCAAUUCUGUCACCUGGAAUCCACACAAAUUGAUGGGCGUUCCACUUCAGUGUUCUGCCUUCCUGGUCUGUGAAAAGGGUCUUCUGCAAGCCUGUAAUCAGAUGUGUGCUGGGUAUCUGUUCCAACCAGACAAACAGUAUGAUACAACUUAUGACACAGGGGACAAGACCAUUCAGUGUGGCCGGCAUGUUGAUGUCUUCAAACUUUGGCUAAUGUGGAAAGCUAAGGGCACUCGAGGCUUUGAGAUUCUUAUCAACAAAUCCCUUGAACUUGCUGAGUAUCUUUACAGGGAACUGAAUUCAAGAGAGAACUUUGAGCUUGUAUUUGAUGCCGAACCUGAACUCACCAAUGUGUGUUUCUGGUACAUUCCACCAAAUCUUAGAAGAAUACCAAAUGGGCCAGAACGAGAGAAAUUGCUUCAUCAGGUUGCUCCAAAAAUAAAAACACGGAUGAUAGAAGAAGGAACGACGAUGGUUAGCUACCAGCCACAUGGGGACAAAGUGAAUUUUUUCAGAAUGGUCUUUUCCAACCCAGCUACUAGGAAAUCAGACGUUGACUUCCUCCUUGAAGAAAUUGAAAGGCUUGGCAAGGAUUUGUGAUGACUGAUGCUGCACUUUGAAAUGGGCUCAGUUUUGUUCUGGUAUAGUGGGCACCAUUAAAAAAUGUUACAUUUGCUACUCCAUGUUAGUUUAAUUUAUGAUGGCACCUCCUGUUCUAAGGAUAGGAAGAUACUGCAGUUACUGGAGGUACCUAGAGUAAUGAAAUCUCAACUUUUUUUAAUGGAACUCCCUUUAGACAUGUGAUCUCAUCAUUUCACAGGGCUUGAGAGUCAUUGUAUACAUCAGGGGUCGGCAACGUUUGGCACGCAGCUCACCAGGUUAAGCACCCUGGCAGGCCG